AUGGUGACCCAGAAACUAGAUGCAACCGAGUUUGAGAUCUUGAUGCCAAGGGAUACCUAUCAUUGCACCGAGGUGUAUCCCCUGGUCUUUGUUAAGCAGUUCGAUAAUUUUCUUCGUCAUUGUGCAAAUGCUUUUGAUGGCCUCAGAAGACCGCAACUGCAAAAUCUGAGGUUUGGUGAACUGGACAUACAGAACAUUCUAAGCACCUGCAAGCGGCUCGAGUCAUUGUGUUUCUUUGAGUGCGACGUGGGGAUCCAUUCAACAUUGCAUGUAGAACACACUCGACUCCUUGAGCUUCUUAUCUCCUAUGGGGAAUUCAAAACAAUGGAGCUUCACCAUCUACCAAAGCUCCAACAGAUGACCUGCAAUGUUCCCUCCAUAAGCGAUUUGUACCAGGAAUAUUGGAGUGAAAAGAUUUGGGUUCAACGGGAAUGCCCGAAAGUGCUUACUCGUGUGCUUGCCAAACUACGGUUUAUGAAUUUGGAUAAUCUUCCUGAAGAAUGUGAUAUUGCUUGGACAAUGUUCCUUCUUGAGGCUGCAACAUCUCUAGAAGAGCUUUGCAUUACGCUGCCGGAAAUCGACAGGCUAAUCAAGCUACCCGACGACGUGCUGCUCAAUAUUCUGGAGAGGGUGGGCACGCUCGACGCCGUCAGGACCUGCGUCGUCUCCAAGCGAACGCUCAAGCUGCCCGCCUUGCUCUCGCAGAUCGUCAUCGUCCCCAGCGCCCGCGAUCUACGCUGGAAGAACCGCCAGGUGGUCGACAUGACCGAAAGGAUCCUCAGCACGAGGUCUCCACAGGUCCCCAUCCGCGCGCUCAAGCUCAGAUUCAUGAUGACAGGCGACGACCAUCUCAGGAUCGGCAGGUCCGUCGCCCUCGCCAUGGCGACCCAGAAGGUCGACGCCGCCGAGUUCGAGAUCCUUACCAAAAGGCAGUACAAUGAUUACAGCCAUGACGACCUCCUCUCCUUCGCCAAGCUGUUCAAUGAUUUUAUCAGCGAGUGCCCGGCCGCAUUCGCCGGUCUCACGCGGCUGCAUCUGCACAACCUCAGGUUUGGUGAGUCCGACGUACCCACCAUUCUUCGCACUUGCACGCGGUUGGAGUCGUUGUGCUUCUUCCAGUGUGACGCAGGGGAGAGAUCAAUGUUGACUCUACACCAUGCUCGACUUGCCGAGCUUGACAUUACCUCUGGGAAAUUCUUAGUGAUAAGGCUUGGAAGCCUACCCAACCUUCAACGUAUGAGUUAUAGAAAUUGGCAGUAUGAUGAUCAUUGCCCCAUAGCUCUGGGUUUUGUCCCUACGCUCUCGAACCUAGAUCUAUCUCGUGGAUAUGCUGUAGACAGGGCCCUCGACCUAAGCAAGACGCUUGUUAAGGCUCCCCCGAUAAGCCAUCUCCACCUGGAUUUUCAAAGUGAAAAGAUUUGGAUUCGACCAGAAUGCCCAAAAGUGCUUGCUCCUCUACUCGGCAAACUACGGCUUGUGAAUCUGGACAAUCUCCCCGAGGAAUGUGACAUCGCCUGGACGAUGUUCCUUCUCGAAGCUGCACCAUCCAUUGAGGAGCUUUCCAUCACCGUAUGGGGUCAGAAGUGCCAAAGGAAGUCGCAAACAAGUUACUCUAAUGGCAUGGAUGUGAAGUGGGAGCUAUCAACUCCUGAUUUCAAACACAUGAAUCUGGCCAGGCUAACUAUCUAUGGAUUCCAGUCCAACAACAACUUCAUGGGAUACGUCAAGCGCGUCGUUCAAGCUGCGGUGAACAUCAAGGAGGUAUCCCUGCACGACAGGAAGGUGUGUAAGGUCUGCGUUGACAAGUUUUUUUGUCUCGGGGUUCGUCCUUGGAGUUGUCUAGGGACCAGUGAGGAGGCGGAUUCAUUCAGAAAGGAGAUCACAGAGGUGAUCAAUGCAAGGGCGAGGGCGAGGGGGAUGAUGAUGGCGAUGGCGAUGGCAAUGGCGAUGGCAAUGGCGAUUGCUUCUGCUCAUAAGGUCUUUGUGUCUGGAAGUUACCUCACCGACUCAGGGUUCAUCCUUUGA